AUGAAAGCGGCGAGUCGAACUGAGGACCGGGUGCAGUAUCGCGUGUCUCCAAGGUCCAGAGUCCAAAGCUUCUUCCAAAGAUGCGUUGAAGCUCUUGGGAUUUUACCGCCAAUAAUCAGGCGACAGGACGCGGAUAAACAGUACUGGUCCAUUGACAACGUCACAUUGCAACUUCUAGGUCUACGACAGGAACUGCUCCACGAGUAUCAUGAUGUUCAUGAAAUUUCCAAGGCCGCUUGGCAAAGCAACCUACUGCCAAUCAACCAACGAAACCAUCGGCAUAGUGCCCUUGCUCUCGCCUUCGUAUUCGCCUUCGCCUUCGCGGAGCAGGUCUGGACAUCAACUUGA